AUGGAAUUACUCUGGCCUUGGGUCCGGAAGGUUAUGUCCCCUGAGGAGACGAAGGCGUUGGUGAUGCCGUCGAGGCUCCCUGAGGACUUCAUUGAGGAGACGUUGAUACCGCAUAUGGAGAACUGUAUCAGAUUUAAUAUCAAAACAUAUACUCCGGCCGAGCUGACUCAGUUGGCCCGUGGGUACGCUUUAUACACCUACAGGAGGGAUACGAGUGGCAAUGGGCCUUUGAUGGAGUAUUUGGCGGAGAUGAUCAAGUCGAGAAUGGUGGCUUUCACGGCUAUCGAGAUUGUUGAUAUCCUUCCGGCUUGCCAGACUCUAUUCCCAGACGAUACGGAGCUGUUCGAUAUGCUGACUGAGAGAAUCAAGGAAACUAUAAACGAUUAUAGUGCGCUGAAUUUGAUCGGCUUGGUGAGAACUUUCGCGCGGCGCGAAAUUGAGAAGAAGGAGACGAAUCAAGGGUAUCCGGUGAGAGAGAUAUUGAUACCGCGACUGAAGGAAGCUAUGGAGAGAUAUGACACCGCGGAGGUGUGUGAUAUAAUAGUGGCGAUUGCUGACUCGGCGGCUACGGAUAAGACGAUUAAUAUGGAUUUACCUAUAAUGCAAUGUGUGUUACCUGAGUUGGAGCAUAGACUUGAUGAUCUGGGAGAGACCAUACCGUUGGUGAGUCACAUAUCGAUCGCCUGGGCGUUGGCGAGAUUGGGCAUCUACCAUGAGGAAUAUCUUGAUCGGUUGGCAAAGAUACUCCAUGAGAAAGAGCAUGUUCGGAAUGAUAUCACACCGAGAUAUUUAGUGAGAUUAAUAUGGAUAUAUUGUAAAUGUGAUGCCCUGGAGAAAAUAGUUGACGAUAUAGCUCCGGUGUUGGAGGCGAGCGUGGCGUAUAUGGGGUCGGCACAGUUCGCUAGGUUGGCACAGUGCAGUGAGCAGAUGGGGAAAGUGAAAGAUAGAGUGGAUAUAGCGAAAUUGGUGAAUCGAUUAGAGUCCGAGACGAUUGAGAAAAAUGUGGAAAGGCCGGAAGAUGCGGAUGGAAAUUUCGUGGCGUGGAUGAGGGAUGGAUCUCGCUUGGGGCGCCUUCUGGCGUAUAUACAUAAAUUCCAGGACGAAUUUGAGGCCGGCGAGAUUCAGAAGAUUAUAAAAGUACUGCAGGUAGCGAAGAAAGGGGAGUAUAGGGCGUACUUAGACCUGUUGCCGGCUUCGUGGGAAUCGCAGAAAAAGGAUAUGUUGCAUAGAAUUGCGAAAAAACGGGAAGUCGAGGAGAAAUUCCUAUUAGAAGAGGCUAAAAGGGAGAAGAGGGAGAAAGGCUUUUUGAAGAGAGUUUUUGGCCUGUGA